AUGAACUCUCUGAAUAUCCUCUCGGCGCGAGUUUCGCCGCCGCAGACGCCAUCGCCCUCGCGAAGCGCCUCGUAUGCCAACCUCUCCUCGUCAGUUACAGCCACAGGGUCCAGAAGGAACUCGCGGGCAGCGCUGGAAGAAAAGGGAGAAAGGGAAGGGGGUGCUCACGACGCCGAUUUCGACGACGAGAAUACGAUACAUGAAGAUACCCCGUUGUUAAACAAAGAAGCUGAUGGAUACCCGGGGGUGACGCAGUCUGGUUGGCACAUGUUUCCUAAGAGAAUAUCGGCUGCGGUGAUAGAGUCAAUACGAUGGGUCCUUUCAACAUUCGCGGCCCCAGGUGUAUACCUGAUCGCAUGUCUGUAUGAUGAUAAGGGAAUCUUUGCGCCAUUUUCGCAGCUUAGAAAAUUCGGUACAGCAUUCUAUGGGAAUGGGAGACGGGGGUCCGCCGGUCAACUCGGAAUGUCAUCACAGGAAUUGCGCAUGCGGGAAUCAAAUAAUGGGAAAUCAUCACAUCGUCGAGCUUCCCUAAAAGGUAGCAGGAAAAUAUCAUCCAACUCUUCUUCGUCAGGCCUCUCAUCCGAAUCAGAAUCAGAAAGAGAACGUUCCGUCAAUGAAUCUGGGAUAUCUUCCUCCGGUAGGUUGGGCCAUCACAGCCGCUCGAAAUCGGUAGAACCUGUAGGCGAGACCACUCCAACGAGACGCUCAAUUCGAAUAAGACUGCAUAAUGAGGAUAGCUUGCGCCAGAGGAAACCUGGCCGUACACGAUCCGCAAGCACCCAAAGCAACGGUUCCGGUGGCGCGAUGUCAUCGACAGAUGUAUCCCCUGCUUCUAUCAAGUCACCAACUUCGCCUGCUUCAUCACUUCUCAUGACCAAAUACCCCCGCGCCCCUGCAGCACCUCGGCCACUCAUUCCACAGCGGCAGCCUUCAUACGUGCUUCCAGAUGCGGCAAACGGGAAAUUGAUACAAAAGACCUUGAUCCUUGAUCUAGAUGAAACAUUAAUACACAGCAUGGCCAAAGGCGGUCGCAUGAGUACAGGUCACAUGGUUGAAGUGAAGCUCAAUACUGUCGUUGGUGCUGGUGGCACUGCAACACUAGGACCACAACAUCCUAUUCUGUAUUAUGUUCACAAACGGCCGCACUGUGACGACUUUUUACGAAAGGUAUGUGGAUGUAUAUCAUUCCUGAUGCUGGGUAUCUACUAAGUAAAAUCAGGUUUGUAAGUGGUACAAACUAGUCAUUUUCACAGCUUCUGUUCAAGAGUACGCAGAUCCAGUGAUCGACUGGCUGGAGCAGGAGCGCAAAUUCUUUUCUGGUAGAUACUACCGUCAACAUUGUACCUUUCGUCAUGGCGCUUUCAUCAAGGAUUUGAGCUCUGUGGAGCCUGAUCUCAGCAAAGUCAUGAUUCUUGAUAAUAGUCCCUUGAGUUAUAUGUUUCAUCGAGGCAGGUUUACCCUUUCUUUUGAUGGCGCGCAAAAGACUAACCUUUUCACAGACAAUGCUAUUCCAAUAGAAGGAUGGAUAAAUGAUCCAACCGAUAAUGAUUUACUGCAUUUGGUGCCUCUAUUAGAAGGAUUGCAGUGGGUGACCGAUGUCCGGGCCCUACUUGGUUUGCGGGGAGGAGAGGAUGGCAAGCAAUAG